AUGUUGCAAGCUACCGACAAGUGUGCAUCAUUCUUCAAAGCUUUGAAAGGAAACAAGCAGCACAUAACUUGGACGACCGAAUGUGACCUGGUAUUCCAAGAACCAAAGGACUACAUGAGCAAGGCACCGUUGCUAUCCAAACCCCUUCCCAGGAAAGUCCUCUUUCUUUAUCUUUCCGUAUUGCACACUGUCAAGCCUGAAACAUUUGGUCGAUUGGUCAAAUGGGCAAUUGAGUUAAGGGAGUUUGAUGUCCAGUUCAAACCUAGGCCGGGGGAGAAAGGUCAGGCCGUUGCAAAUUUCAUAUCUGAAUUGACAGCUUCGGUAGCACCAAUAGGCUCCGAUGCCACAAAGUGUCAACUAGACAAGUCCUACCGAACGGGAGAUGCUUCAAUCCUGCAAUCCCAAUCUGGGUCUAACAUGUCGACGGGUUGGCCAAUCAACAAGGAUGCGGUGCCAGUCUUGUCUUAA